GAACUAAGAGCAAUUAUUCAAAGAGUCUUUGAGACAGAAGAAGAAGACAGGAAGUGCUGUGUUCCCCCAGCAUCCAUGUGUGGUUUCCAGAAUGGAGCUACUUAUUCCUAGCAAUUCAACUUUUCAAAUCAACAUCCUUGAAGUAUAUAAGCUAAAUAUAGCAAAGGAAUACAAGUCAUGUUUGUUCCUGGCAGUUGUGCUGUGGGUAGGCUUUGUCUACCCCAAAAAUACAAGUCAUCCACCAUAUGCAUGCCAGUGCCUUAAGGAUGUCAAAGACAGAGAGGACUGUGGGUAUGAGGGAAUCACUGCAGAGCAAUGCACAGAACAAGGAUGCUGCUUUGAUGCAACAGAACCUGGGGUGCCGUGGUGUUUUCAUCCUUCUGGAGAGAGAGUUUCACUUCAGUUUGCAAAGAAAAUGAUCAAAUCACGAGAAAGAAUGGAAUGUGGAUAUCCUGGUAUAACAUACAAGAGAUGCCGAAGAAUUGGUUGCUGCUAUGAUAGAAAGGCUUCUGAUGAACCCAAGUGCUUCCACCCUCCGGUAAAUGAUGUGUCCCAGCAUUGUGUAAUGGAUAGGAGUGCAAGAAAAGAAUGCGGAUACCCAGGCAUCACUGCAGAGGAAUGCCAAGAACGAAGAUGUUGUUUCAAUUCAUAUGUUGCUGGUACACGAUGGUGCUUUCACCCUCUAUCUGACACAGGGCCUGUUAAGCAGUGUGCCAUGUCACCAAAAAACAGGGUGCAAUGUGGGUAUUCUGGCAUCACUGCUGAUGAAUGUUUGGAGAAAGGAUGCUGCUAUGAGCACUUCCAGUAUGCUGAAAAGGUUCCCUGGUGUUUUCAUCCUCUAACAAAGCAAGGCAAUUUUUCAGUAUAUCUGCUAUCAGAUGUGACUCCAAUGGAAGUGGGUAUCCAAGAUGCAUUUGUGGAACUCCCCAAGAGAGAACAGCAACGGAUCAUAGACAGAUUAGAGCUAUUGAAAACCCAGUUGCUCAAGUGCAGAUCAGAGCAGAACCGACGUGCUAGUUUUGCAGAUGUUACGUUGCAUGAGAGCAUGGAGGCAGACUGUGCUAUCCCUAUCGCAGUCCUUUCUAACCAGGAACCAGAUGGAGGGCUGCUUAAGGGGUUGGCAAUGCAAGCAAGUCUGCACCAGAACUGCGACCCAGCCCUGCAGGACAGUUCUCAGAAUGGAGUGAAUGACAAUUGUACACUGACUAUUGAAAUAACUACCAUGGAGCAAAAGGGGAUCUGGCUACUGUCUCUUAUUUUAGUUUUAGGAUUCAGUGCACUGGUUGAAGGGAAAAAAGCUCCACCUGCAUGCCGAUGCAAUAUAAAUCCCAAAACAAGAGUCAACUGUGGAUAUCCUGGAAUCAACCGUGAGCAAUGCAGGAAUGUAGGGUGCUGCUUCAAUUCAGAAGUCCCUGGAGUCCCCUGGUGCUUUUUUGCAGCUCGCCCCACAUAUAAAAAGGUAUGUCCUUCUAAUGUGAAAGUCAGAAAGAACUGUGGGUUCCCAGGAAUCACUGCUGAGGCAUGUGAGGCAAGAAAAUGCUGUUUUGAAUCUCAUCCCCCAGCUGUUCCUUGGUGUUUCUAUCAUGUUCUGGAAGUGCAAGGGAUCCCUGGAGUGCAACCGUUCUUUGACGAUGUUCUGAUCGCGGCCCCGGACGCGGAGGAGUUCAGCAGCCGCUUGAGAGAGGUGCUACGCCACUUCCAGAUGGCGGGCCUGAAAGUAAAAAAGGAAAAGACCCUGACCGCCGCAGAGCACAACUACGCUCAGAUCGACAAGGAGGCCUUGGCGAUUGUGGCAAGUGUGCAUAAAUUCAACGACUACCUGUAUGGUAGGCGCUUCACGAUCACCAUGGAUCACAAGCCGCUCCUGGUCCUCCUCGCCCCAGACUGCCAGACCCCGCAAAUUGUAUCACAGCGAGUUCUGAGGUGGAACCAGUUCCUAAACUCGUAUACAUAUGCCCUGGUUCACUGCCUAGGCAAGGCCAUGGGACACGCUGACGCCCUCAACCGCCUGCCAUUACCCUCGACGGAACCAGAUCCCGCCCCUGCCCACCAUGUGAUGCUUAUGGAGACUCUGCCCGAGCGGCCCCUCCACGCCACUGAGGUGGCUUGGGCCACGGGAAGGGACAAGCAGAUCUUCCAUCUAGACCUCACAACUUUAAAACAAAAUUUCAGCAUAGAGAACUGCAAAGUCACCAUGGAGCACAAGAGAUUUUUGUUCUGGGCUGUUGUCCUGAUUUUAGGACUCAGCAGCCUGGCAAAUGGAUAUACCAUACUAUCGGCCCAACAAUGUGCAGUACGAACCAGUGCCAGAGUGAACUGUGGUUAUCCAGCAAUCAGCGCAGAAGAAUGCAACAACAGAGGAUGCUGUUACGAUUCGAGUAUUCCUGGUGUUAUCUGGUGCUUCUUUCCUAAUAGUGAUCCAGGUCUCGUCAAAGUACAUGAGCAACAUGAGGUGUGAGUCAAUAGCUCAUCGAUCUCAGCUGCAGCAACUGCCAUGAUUUCUGAGAAUGCAUCUAAAGUAAAUGUGAUUCAAGAAUCUUGCUGCCUACAAGAUGGAAAAUA